AUCCUGCUGAAGGACAUCGAGGCACACGGUCCAGUGUUGAAGAGCGUCCUGCGGCAGUACGAACGCAUUGAGCAACAUCAGGACGCCGCAGCGGAAAGGACAUCCCCAGGAAAGCUCGCUCCCUCGAGAAGCGCUGGCACCAGAUCUACCUUCGAUCCCUCGAGUGGCACUACUAUCUGGAAGGCGUCAUCGCCAACUUUAAGGAACAGAACAGUUCCUCGAGCAGCGAGUCUGAGGAUGAGCCAGUGAGCAAGUGCCGCCGCCUGUCCACCUCGUCGUGUGAGCGCCCACCGCUGCCACGCCCACCGCUGGUCACACUACGAUUCCAACCUGUCAGAGACAGGUUCAUAUAUCGAGGCCUCCCCGACCCACUCAUGCUGCCCACACGCACAUGAGACCAAGGAUGACUAUGUGUGCAUAAGUGGGGGUAGUGAGUGCGGUGUGGCCCCCCCGCCCACCCCCUCUACACAGCCCCCUCUGGAGCCAAUGGUAGUCGACCCCCUUCAGCAGCCAGCCCGAGGCGCCUGCCAUGGUGGGAAGCGCCGGUCUGGACACAGUUCGCGCCCGCUGCUGCCCCCUCGCGCCCUCCGACGACCUCGCCGGCGACGACGCCAUGAUUCACCAGUCCGACAAGUCCCCAACCAUCACCGUCACCACCACAACCACCACGUCCACCACAGACAUGACUGACGGCGAGAUGGAGAACCUGAACCAAGUGAAUGGCAACACCGUGGUGUCGCCCGCCAGCACCGAGGAUUCGGGGGUCAACCUGACCUCGUCCUACACGGAGGACACCGCCGCCACGGACGCCAGCGCCGGCGUCAGGGACUCGCCCUCGAAGUCGAGCUGCACCAACAUCGAGCGGCCGUCGCCCAACUGCGCCAUCUACGACUUCAAGCACCAGGACACCGACACCGAGGAGGCCGCCGCAAACACCGCAACCAGCACUGACACUGCCGCCUGUCAGGCCAACCUCAACCUGGUGGAGUGCGACCCUGCCAGGAACCGAAUCUACCAGGUGCGCAGACGGGGCGUCAGGAGCGUCGUCAGGACCUCGGCGCGCACACGGCUGGAGUUCAGCUGCGACGAGGAGGUGGACCACGAGGCGCUGCAGAAGAUCAUCGACUCAGCCAUCCUGGACCCCGACUGGCUCAACUCCAACAUGCCCAGCGACUCGGAGGCGAGCGCCACGGAGGACGAGGCGCCCCUGCAGGAGCACAUGGACACCGGGAGCGACGGCGGCACCCCAGGCCAUCCCCACCCCCAGCAAGAGGACCAGGUCGCCGCCCAGAACCAGCCCCUCCACCAGGAGGCCCAGAGGACCAUCAGCAAGGAGUCGAUCACCCGGCUGGUGAGCGAUGCCGAGCGACUGGUUCGCGAGCCGCCUGAGGGCGACCAGCCAGCGCCCAUGGUGUCUCCCCGGCCGCACCAGCUGCCGCUCAACAUGGGCCCCUGCAAGGGCGCGAUGGGCAGCAAGCAGGCCCGCGUGAGGCAGUGGCUGGCGUCGCAGCGCCGCGAGGCCCGCCUCUCCACCACCUGCGUUAUGGACUCCUGCGACGCCUCGGGCGAGCUGACCACGGGUGAGAGCGACAUCGAGUCGUGCACGUCGGAGGACAUGGACGCGUCCACUGCCACCCAACACGCCGUCUCGACGCGGGGCUCCGUGCGGGGCUCGCAGAAGGGCUCCCUCAGGGGGUCCCGGGACCCGCUGCCGUCCACGGACAACACGCCCACCGCGGAGAAGGCCGCCGCCGUGCCGAGCCCGAGCGACGCUGCCCACCCCAAGGUGGUUCUUCGUUCUCGCAAGCGUCGUUCCGGCGAGCAGCGGCCGUGCAGCGUGAGCGAGCUGUACCAGCUGGCUACCCGUCUGGACCUGGCGCCGUUCUCCGUGUCCGAGACCGCCCUUCACAACCUGCUCACUGCCACGCCCGAAACGCCCACCAACGACAACCAGGCCUUUGGAGCAGAGACCCCAGACGCGGCUGGCAGUAACACAUCCCCUACAGAUGUUUCCACGCCAACCACAACCGGGCCUCCGGCCACUCCCGCAACUAACACCACAAACACAACCAUCACGACAUCAACAACACACCCCAACAUUUCCGCGUCUGCCACCAUCACCACUUCCACAACAUCAACUACGGCAGACCGGCAGUCUCCUGCAACUAAUGCCACCGGAUCGUUGAGGAGGAGAAAGACCAGAGCCCGUAGGAAGUCAAACCUGUCCUUGGGGCGACGAACCGAUUCCGGAUCAGACGGCUUGGCUCUCAACCUGUCUGGAGGUUCUGACAACAACCAAGUGUCUCCUAACCGCCGCCUAUCCAAGUCACACUCCUCGGGUUCGGACACCACCUCGCACUGCAGGAGGCAUAUCGUCAAGAGUUCCUCCUUCUCCGGCGCGUGCCGUGGGGGCUCGGGCGGCAUGACGUCGUCCACCGAGAAGUGCGUCUCAGACUGCGGGGGCGUGCUGGGCGUGCCUCGCUUGCACACACGCGCCCUCGCCGUCGACGACUGCUGCUCUAGCGACGAGUCCCGCCCAUCCAGCCCAGCGCCGGCUUUGCUGGAGGCCAUCGUGCCAAGGAGCCCCGCCCACACCGCCCGCAGCGCCACCCAGAGCGACCAGGACGCCCUCAACACCCACGAGGACAUGAGCUCCCUCUCGGAGCAGGCUUGGGAUCCAUACCAGCAGGAAUACAAGUACUUCAGUGAGCCUUACUCGGAGGACAUCGACCAGGAGGCUGCCAGGCGCUUGCUUGAGUUCGGAGACGACUACCGGAAGUACAUCGACUCCGACGGGGCAUCCUCCUUCUCGGGCAUCCCGCACAGGGGUCGCCGUUCCCCUCACCACCGUCGGCUGAGAUCACUGAUCCCGCAGGGUGCUCGUGACCUGGAUUCUGACUCCGACCUUGGAUGACCUCCAUCAUGUCAUCGACGAGUCAAGAUCCCAGCUGACCGUCACAGAGAACGUCCUCAAGAAAUACUCCAACGAGGCUGCUCUGGGACUUGAUUAUGCCGAACUCGUGGCCACAACGCAGACCAACAUCAAGUGCCUGGCCGAGAUCGUGCGACAUCUUCAAAUGGAGGGAACACUGGAGCCCGAGCUGCAGGAAGUGCAAA